GAGGAGAGAGAGGGAGAGGGCAGGAUCCACCAGCUCUCACUCAGCAUAUUUCACCAGGAACGCUCAGGAGAAGAGCUGCCACUUAGGACACCGUCUCUUUUGCAACAGAUCUAUUAAUACAACAUCUAUUAUAUGAACACAUAUGAAUAUUUUCCCCUUCCAGGAAAGGAGAGAAAGAAGAAAGAGACUGCAAUCUCCAGAGUGCUAUAGUGAUUUUUCAUGUAAUCAAUACUGUAAAAUAUCCCCAGGUCCUUCUCCUGGACUGUAACUCAGAGGACAGCUGAUCAGUUUGCGGCAUGUGUACUUCACCUGCGGGGAAGCCAGGCACCGGGCAGCAGCCCGUGGCGCGGUGAUAACCCUGCUCUGAUGCCAUUUCGGAUGUCCCAGUGAGAACUCUUAGAGAUGCCUAUUCUCUCCAGAGGCAGUGACCAAGACUAUAGUAAUAUUAGCUACGCUUCUUGUAAUUCCUUGAGCCAAUUACUUCCUGUCACCGUUGAAACCCCUUCUGUCAAAGGGGUCCAUUACCAAAGAGCCAGGAGGAUUUACCAUCCUGAUCAAGUCUCUACAGUCGACCUAAAGACAGAGAUCAUGAUAAAUGUUGGAGGCAUCAAGUACCUGCUACCUUGGAGUACUUUAGAUGAAUUUCCCCUGACCAGACUGAGCAAACUUAAGUUUUGCAGCAGUUAUGAAGAAAUAAUACAGCUGUGUGACGAUUACGAUGAAGACACCCACGAGUUCUUCUUUGACAGGAACCCCAGUGCUUUUGGGAUGAUUGUCAGCUUUCUAGCAGCGGGGAAGCUGAUGCUCAUAAGCGACAUGUGUGCCUUGUCUUUUCAGGAGGAGCUGAGAUACUGGGGGAUUGAGGAAUCCAACCUGGAGAACUGCUGCUUUCGAAAACUAUUCCAAAAACUGCAGGAGUUGGCCGAGGUACGCAAAGAAGAAGAGCUUCGGAGGAGCAAAGAAGCUACAUGUGUCUUGGAUGAGAAAACCAAAUUUGGACAGUUUAUGAACAGACUCAGAGAUAUGGUAGAAAAUCCCCAGUCGGGACUCCCAGGCAAAGUCUUUGCUUGUCUCUCCAUUCUCUUUGUGGCCACCACAGCUAUAAGCCUUUGUGUUAGCACAAUGCCAGACUUAAGAGCUGAAGAAGACAGGGGCGAGUGCUCCCAGAAAUGCUAUUACAUCUUCGUCAUAGAGACCAUCUGUGUGGCUUGGUUUUCCCUGGAGUUCUGCCUCCGAUUCAUUCAGGCAAGGAGCAAGUGUCAGUUCUUCAAAGGACCGCUAAAUAUAAUUGACUUCUUGGCUAUUUCACCCUAUUACGUUUCCCUCAUCUUCUCAGAGGAUGACUCAAAUGAGGACGAUGACAGGCCAAGCAGCAACACGUAUUUGGAGAAGGUUGGUUUGGUGCUACGGGUUUUACGUGCCUUGAGGAUCUUGUAUGUCAUGCGCCUUGCCCGACACUCCUUGGGCUUGCAGACUUUGGGCCUCACAGUUCGGAGAUGCACACGGGAAUUUGGCCUGCUUUUACUCUUCUUAUGUGUGGCUGUCACUCUCUUUUCUCCUUUGGUCUAUCUUGCCGAGAAUGAAUCUGGGAAGGUGCUUGAAUUUACAAGCAUACCUGCAUCUUACUGGUGGGCUAUCAUUUCAAUGACCACUGUGGGGUAUGGAGACAUGGUACCACGGAGUGUCCCAGGCCAGAUGGUGGCUCUCAGCAGCAUCCUCAGCGGGAUUCUCAUCAUGUCUUUUCCUGCAACAUCAAUAUUCCACACUUUCUCCCAUUCCUACUCAGAGCUGAGAAAGGAACAUGAACGACUGCAGUCUCGGCUAAACAGAGUAAAAAAUGGCAAUAACUCUGAUGAAAGCGACACCUUCAAUGAGACAGACAGUUUGAUCCUGGAGGAUCAAAUGUCACCAAUCAAAUACAUUUACACAGGGAACUAAGCCUGGUUGCAAAGCAUUCCCAAGAACAGGAGUAGAAAUAUACACAAAUGUACAUCAACAUAAUACACAAAGCAAAGCAACAACAUCGGUUACAAUGCUAUUCUUCUCUGCCAGCAUAGGUAUAAUAUGCAGUCAAGCCAACACAUCAUUAUGGAGCUGGAGGUUUUGAGAAUGUCAAAAGUCAGAGUUUAUUCAAUAAUAAAUAUUAAUUCUUCUCUAUGACUAAUAAGAAUAAACUUUAUCUCUGACAGUCAUGUAUCUUGCUGAAUACCUAAUAUUGAAAGAGUAACAAAAGACUCAGCUUCUGUUGGCACAAAUACAGUCGUUGUUUUACUUGCCUUUGAGUUUCCAAUGUUCUUGCAAUUAACAUCUUAAGCCAAACAUUAGAAAGCUUUCUUUCAGGGCUAUGCACCAGUGUUGUUUAUACAAUGCUCAUCCACCAGGCAUACAGAAGAAGCCUCAAUACAAAUCUGAAUUCUGUAUCUAAAACCACUAAUAAGCUCAAAAUAAAAGCACUGUAUGUGAAAGCUUUCAAA